GUGGAGAUCUGGUGGCGUAUGAUGAUGGGGAGCGGGAGGAAGGAUGAGCUUGCGAAGAAGCCUAUUGUCGAGAGUGAUGAUGAUGAUGAGGUGAUCAUCCCUUCCGCAAUCGCAUCUGUUGUUGGUCCUAUUUUUAGGGUGGCAAAUGAGAUACAACACCAAAACCCCAGGGUCGCCUACCUAUGCCGUUUCGUGGCGUUUCAGAAAGCACACGAGCUGGAUCCUUUAUCACGUGGUGUUGGUGUUUCCCAGUUUAUGAAAAAUCUUUUACGCAGGCUUGAAAAUGAGGAAAAGGAAACAAUACCGACUAAAAGUGAUCCUGUGGAAAUCCUACAAUUUUAUUGUCACUACUGUGAAUCAAAUUUGGUAUUGGUAGGGGAGAAGUUGCGAAAAAGUCUUUACACAGCAUCAAUAUUGUAUGAGGUGUUGAAAGAAGUAGUACCUCCAACGAAAAUAGAUACAAAGACAAAACAGAAUGAAGAGUAUGUACGGAAGAAAAUAGAAGAGUACGAAAGUUAUCAUAACAUUCUUCCAUUGCAUCUAUAUGGGAUUACUGUGAUUAAAUCAGCCAUAAUGGAACUCCCAGAGAUCAAAAUAGCUGUUGAAGCCCUGCAGAAUUUGGAAAAUCUUCCAGUGCCCAUGAAACCAUUUCAGACCUUGAAACUUGAGAAACCUAUCGAUGACAUCUUUAUGUGGCUUUCCUCUAUAUUUGGUUUUCAGAAAGCAAAUGUGGCAAAUCAGAGAGAACACCUAAUAUUACUUCUUGCAAAUGCUGCUUUAAGGAAAAUGAUUCCUGAAGCUGAGACCAAGUUGGAAGUAUGUGUAAAGAAUUUGGAGAGUAAACUUUUUGAGAAUUAUAUUUCAUGGUGCAACAUUUUGAAUCAUGAAUCAAACUGUAGGUUUCCCGAGGAUUAUAACAAAACACAAUUGUCUCUUAUUUACAUUUCACUUUAUCUACUUAUUUGGGGGGAAGCUUCAAAUAUUCGGUUUAUGCCUGAAUGUUUAUGCUACAUCUUUCAUCAUAUGGCUAUGGAGGUGUAUGUGAUUCUCCAUACAAAUGUUCAUCCUGUUAGUGGAGAAGCUUAUGAAAGCGAAAUGGACUCACGUGAUGAUGAAUACUUUUUGAGGAAUGUUAUAACUCCUAUUUAUGUUGUAACACAACAGGUUGCAAAUCGAAGUGAUCAAGGAAGUAAUUCAAGAUUGAAAAACUACAAAGAUCUUAAUGAUAAAUUCUGGUCUAAAAAAUGUUUUAGCCGUUUGGGAUGGCCGAUAAACUGCAAGUCGGGUUUUUUUGGACAUUCACAUGAAAAUCGAAUUACAAAUAAGAUCAUAAAACAAGCUAAGGAAGAAGAGGAGAACUCAAAAAUAAAUUUUGAAGAGAGUACAAUUUGGAAUCUUUAUAGAAAUUUUGAUCGAAUGUGGAUUUUCUUUACGUUGUCCUUCCAGGCCAUGGUGAUUGUUGCAUGGAAUAGUCCUUCCAGAUCCGUUGCUGCUUUGAUUGAUGGAGAUGUGUUUCAAAGUAUUUCAAGCAUAUUCAUUACUUUUGCUUCGAUGAAGUUUCUAAGAGCCACUCUCGAUAUAGUUGUCAGUUUGAAGACAUGGAAAGGCAUAAAAACAACAGAGAUAGUACGAUACCUCUUGAAAUUUUCAGUGGCAGCUUUAUGGGUUGUGCUUAUGGCGAUGGGUUACUCCCAUAACUUAAAAAUGGUUGCUGCUUUCUUGCUACCAAACAUUUUGGCUGCGACACAAUUCAUAUUGCCUCCAAACUUGCAUAAAGCCAUGGCCACUUCUAACUUGUGGAUAAUCACUUUAGUUAAGUGGUGGACUGGCAUUGAUGAGACACAAUUACACAUAGGAACAAACAUGUAUGAUGAAGACAUUAUUUCAAAAAUGAAAUAUACAUUGUUUUGGGUAGUUCUGUUAAGCACCAAGUUAGCAUUCAGCUACUAUGUGGAGAUAGCACCUCUAGUUGAACCAACAAAAGAUAUCAUGAAUAUGUCUACUAUUGAUAAUAUUCAAUGGCAUGAAGUCUUUCCACAUGUAAAGCAUAAGAUUUGUGUCAUCAUUGCCACUUGGGCACCGAUUGUUCUGGUUUAUUUCAUGGAUACACAAAUAUGGUAUGUCAUAUUUUCUAAUCUAUUUGGUGCAAUACGUAUUGGAGUAUUCAGCCGUUUGGGUGAGAUAACAACAAUUGGUAUGUUGCGGAGUAGAUUUCAAUUUGUGCCUCUAGCUUUCAGUCGUCGUCUCAUUCCAUCAACUACCAAGGUUGCCCCUGAAAUUAAAAACUGGAGAACACCUUUGAAAAGACUGGAUCCAUCACAACUGCCAAAGAAUAUUGCGAAUAAUUUCAUUCAAGUGUGGAAUGAGUUCAUAAAUUCUAUGAGAGAAGAAGAUCUUAUCAACUAUAGAGACAGAGAUUUGCUUUUGGUUCCUUAUUGUUCAAAUGAAAUUUCUACUGUCAAGUGGCCACCUUUCUUGCUCGCUGAUAAGGUUUCCAUAGCAUUAGAUAUUGCAACAGAUUUUAAAGGAACAGAUGAUGAUGAAUUAUUUAAGAAGAUUAAGAGUGACGGCAACAUGUACUCAACAGUAAUUGAAUGUUAUGAGUCACUUAGGGAUGUAAUUCAUGGCCUUCUGGAAGACAAAGCUGAUAAGAUGAUUGUAGAGCACAUAUGCAAGGAAGUAGACGAAAGUCUACAAAGAAAAGUUUUUUUGAACAAUUUCCGCAUGAGUGGGAUGCCUUCUCUCAGUGAGAGAGUGGAAAAAUUCUUGGGCAAAUUGCUAUCUGAUGAAGAUGAUGAGACCCUUCUACCUCAGUUAAUCAAUGUGCUUCAGGAUAUUAUGGAAAUUAUCACACAGGAUGUUAUGAUUAAUGGACAUCAUUUAAGUGGUCAAAAUGUCAAGAAGGAGCAGAGAUUUGAAAAGAUUAACUUAUUUCAGAGAUACAAUAAAUCUUGGAGGGAAAAGGUUGUCAGACUUCAUUUGCUUCUGAUAGUCAAGGAAUCUGCCAUAAAUGUGCCUCAGAACUUGGAUGCUCGCCGACGUAUUACUUUCUUUGCAAAUUCUCUCUUUAUGAAUAUGCCAAGGGCUCCUGAAGUUCGUGACAUGCUAUCCUUUAGUAUUCUGACUUCACACUACAAAGAAGAUGUCCUUUAUACUGAUGAUGAUCUUAAAAAGAAAAAUGAGGAUGGGAUAACAACUUUGUUUUACCUGCAGAAAACAUAUCCUGAUGAAUGGCUUAAUUUCUUGGAUCGGAUCAGAAAAUCUCAUAAGGAUAAAUCAGAAUUAAUUCGUGAGUGGGUUUCUUACAGAAGGCAAACGCUUUACAGAACAGUGAGAGGGAUGAUGUACUAUAAACAGGCUCUGGAGCUCCAGUGCUUCCUGGAAUUGGCAGGAGAUCAUGAUUCCUUUUCCAGUGGCUACCGAACCUUGGAUCACAAGGCUUUUUCUGAACGUGCACAAGUUUUAGUCGAUUUGAAGUUUACCUAUGUUGUGUCUUGCCAGUUUUAUGGUGUUCAAAAGGAAUCCAAUGAUCCCAGAGAUCAAAAUUCUUACACAAGUAUCCUCAAGCUAAUGCUAACAUAUCCAUCAUUACGUGUCGCUUACAUUGAUACCAAAGAGGAAACAGUGAAUGGAAAACCUCAAAAGGUUUAUUAUUCUGUUUUGCUCAAGGGAGGGGAUAACAAGUUAGAUAAGGAAAUUUACCGCAUCAAGCUUCCAGGACCUCCAACAGGAAUCAGUGGAGGAAAACUCGAAAUUCAGAAUCAAGCUAUUAUUUUUACUCGUGGAGAAGCCCUUCAGACAAUAGACAUGAACCACGAUAACUACUUUGAAGAAGCUUACAAAAUGAGAAAUGUAUUGGAAGAAUUUAUUAAGCCUUCUCAUGGGGAUAGGAAGCCUAAAAUAUUGGCUAUGACAGAGCAUAAAUUCACUGGAAGGGACCAGUUCCAUUAUGGCCACCCUGAUAUUUUGGAUAGAAUCUUCCAUAUAACAAGUGGGAUAAUUAAAGCAUCAGAAAUAAGAACAUUGAGUGAAGAUAUAUUCGCAGGCUACAAUUCAACUUUGCGCGGAGGAUUUAUAAAAAAUAACGAGUAUAUCCAAGUUGGUAAAGGACGUGAUGUGCGUAUGAAUCAAAUUUCAGUAUUUGAGGCCAAAGUUUCAAAUGGAAAUGCAGAACAGACAACUGAUUAUCGGCUUGCACGUCAUUUUAACUUCUACGGAAUGCUAUCAUUUUACUUCACCAGUGUUGGUUUCUAUUUUAGUUGUAUGGUAACAGUGGUAACUGUAUACGUGUUCUUAUAUGGACGUCUGUACAUGGUUUUGAGUGGAGUGGAAAGGGAGAUCCUAAAUAAUCCAUCCAUAGUCCUACAUAAUUCAACCAUAGAUGAUCCAACCAUACUUCAAAACAAAGCUCUUGGAGACGCCUUGGCUACCCAAUCUGUCUUCCAAUUAGGCCUGAUACAAGUGUUGCCAAUAGUCAUGGAAAUUGGCUUGGAGAAAGGGUUUCCAACAGCAUUGGGAAGUUUCAUCAUCAUGCAGUUGCAGCUAGCCUCUGUGUUCUUCACAUUCCAAAUGGGAACAAACGCACAUUAUUAUGGGACAAAAUUCUUACACUAUGGAAGUUCUAACCGUGAAACUAGUCGUGGCUUUGGUUAUUUUAAUGCAAAGUUUGGCCAUAAUUAUCGUCUUUACUCACGUAGUCACUAUGUCAAGGGGUUGGAGAUUUUGAUCUUAUUAAUUGUGUAUGAAGUCUAUAGGGACCCUUACCCUACUUCAAAACUCUAUUUGUUCAUCACUUUCUCUAUGUGGUUUCUUGUUGCUUCCUGGUUGUUUGCUCCAUUUGUAUUCAAUCCUAUUGGUUUUGACUUGAAAAACACUGUGGAUGAUUGGAGGGAUUGGAAGAGGUGGAUGGGGAAUCGUGGUAAUAUUGGCAUCUCACCUGAAAAAUGCUGGGACGCAUGGUGGGAUGAAGAAGAUCACAUCAAACACAUGGAUAUUCGAGGAAGGGUGCUUGAAAUCCUUCUUGCAUUUCGCUUCUUUAUCUAUCAAUUUGGAAUAGUGUAUCACCUUGAUAUAGCUAACCACAACAAGAGCUUAAUGGUUUAUGGACUUUCUUGGCUAGCCUUGGUAGUUGCUCUUCUUGUUUUCAAGAUGGAGCCCAUGAGAAACCGUAUAUUUUGGACCGAUUUCCAGCAUAUCAUUUUCAGAGUUCUCAAAGCGCUUUGCUAUACAACAACCAUGAGUGUCCUAGUUCUAGUAUUUGGCCUCACUAUAUCGGAUUUAUUUGCUGCUAUGCUUGCCUUCUUGCCCACAGGGUGGGCCAUUGUUCUGAUUGGUCAAGCGUGCAGGGGCUUGUUAAAGAGGAUAGGACUAUGGGAAUCAUUAAAGGAGCUAGCAAGAACAUAUGAUUAUAUAAUGGGACUGAUAAUCUUCACGCCUAAAGCCAUUUUUUCAUGGUUCCCAUUCGUAUCAGACUUUCAAACUUUCUUUCUCUUCAACAAAGCAUACAGCAGAGAUCUCCAAAUUUCAGCAAUUCUUGCGGGAGGAAAAGAGAAUACAGACGACAAAUAAUUUAAGAGUUUACGUGGAAUUGAAUAGUGCAAUUGAGACUACUAUCUCCAUUAUAUAGUUACAAAAGAGCCGAACUAAUACUUUAUGGAUAAUUUUAACAAAAGAACUGAACUAAUACUUUAUGGAUAAUUUUAAUAAAAUAUAGGAAA